GCCCACACACUCAGUUCACCACCGACUGUCUCCAAUUGCCCGCCAGAGCUGCGCCCCGUCUUUUUGACAUUGCCAGUACACGUCCCAUUGUACCGCCCCUCGCGCAAUUCGCACAAUGCUGGCCGGCGCACUCUGCCGCUUGGCAGCCGAUGUCCCCAGGGCGUCCCCACACAAUGUGCCGCAACUCGCACGCCACCUUGAGCGCGUGCUCGUCAUUCGCAGCGCCGCUGAAUCCUCCCCCGCCCGCGCCUCGUCGCGCACCUACGCGUAUGCCCGCGCCUAUGCUACGACUACACGCGCAACCAAGCCCACGGCCACUGUGAAGAAGGCGGUCAAGGCGGCCGCAAGCGAAAAGACCCCGCCAAAGAAGAAGGCUGCACCGGCAAAGACAACUGCAAAGAAGCCAGCAGCCAAGAAGACAAAGACGACAAAGAAGAAGCCAGCGGCCAAGAAGCCAGCAGCCAAGAAGCGUGUGAAGAAGGUACUGACCGAGGAAGAGAAGGAGAAGGCCAAGAUCCGUGAGCUGCGCGCAAAGGCCUUGAAGGAGCCCAUUACGCAGAGGUCGCUCUCAGCCUUCCAUGUCUUUGUCAGCGAGUUUGCCAGAGGCAAACCAAGCAGCAACAACCAACAGCUGGAAAAGAUCACGAAUGCUACAAAGGAAUUCAAGGCCCUAUCCCCCGCACAGCUCGAGCACUACAACCACCUUGCCAAUGAGCAAAAUGCUGCAAGGAAGGCCGAAUUCAACAAAUGGAUCAUGUCCUACACCCCGCAACAGAUCCGCAUUGCCAACCUCGCUCGCGCCUACCUGCGCAAGAAACUCGCCGGCAAACAGAAGGGUCACCCUUCCCACACUACCAGACUGAUCGAUCCCCGCCACGUCAAGGUCGCAUUGAACCCCUACACCUUGUUCUUCCGAGACAGACACGCCACCGGCGACUUCAAGGGCAUCCCAGUUGGCGAUGCCGCCAAGCUCAUUGGUGCUGAGUGGAAGGCAUUGAACGAGAGUGAAAAGCAGAAAUACCAAAGCGAGGCUAAUGCUCUAGCUGCCAAGCAGUAAGACGUAAAUACUGUGUGUACACAAUUACCGCCCUUGCACUACAUGAGCAGAUUACCUUUCUAAUGCCCUCGACUUGGCUCUGUUCUGCUUUGAACCACACUCUGUGCGACUGUAUUCCCUUUUUUUCCUUUGUAUGCCGGUUAGAAGGUUUUAAGGGAGGGAAGGGGUAUUGGGGAUAAGGCGUUGGAAGGGGGGGGAUGUAAUACCACUGUACACCCAUCUAGUCUGGCUACUAGAUUUUUGGCGGUCGGUUUUUCAAGGUUAGGCUAGGUUCACGGAAUCGAAUGAGGGUUACGCGAUACCGUAUGCAGCUGAGACAUGUUUCUGAUGAGUUAUCCCCAUACUUUUGAUUU